AUGGAAUUGGUGGACUCGCCCAAUGAAGACUGGGAAAAUUUGAAUGUCAGUUAUGUCUUUCAAUCAAUGGAACUCCUCAAUUAUUCACCCGAGGGUUUCAUCACCAACCGGGGUUUCGAUGAAGGUCUAUAUGAUGUCCAUGUACGACAAAACGAUUGGAGUUCGCAGGGCAAAGAGUCUCGAGUUCAGUCAUAUUUGCAUCACACUCCUCUGAAGCCACUGGAUUCAGUUCGGAUUAAUGACAGCAUGCCGAUUAAUUGA